AUGGUCAUCCUUUUUCCUUGGAUCAUUCAAGCAAAACAAAUUCUCAGAAGAUCAUUAUCCAACAGAAGCAGCACAACCAAAUCUAUGGAAACCCCAAAAGGCUAUUUAGCAAUUUAUGUUGGUGAGCAAGAGAAGAAGCGGUUUGUGGUUCCUGUAUGGUUGUUAAGCCAACCUGCAUUUCAAGAACUACUAGAUCUGGCAGAGCAUGAAUUUGGGUGUGUUCAUCAAAUGGGUGGCCUCACAAUUCCAUGCAGUGAAUAUACAUUUAGUGAUAUUGUCAGUGAUAUUGCUUCUCAGUUGGGCGCAUUAUGA